CGCUUUCCCGUCCCAGGACGCGUUGCGCGGCCCGGGCCGGAAGUCCUCGAGUUCCCGGGUGUGUGUCUGUGUCUGUGUCUCGCGGCGGUACGCCGCCGCGGUCAAGCGCCUAGGGGGUCCGCGUCUGAAGCGUCACCGCUGUCACUGCCGCCACCAUACCGAGUCACUUCUAGAGGGACGGAGGCCCGGCCCUUCGCCGGGUGGAGAAGAUGUUGCCCCUGUCCAUCAAGGAUGAUGAAUACAAACCACCCAAAUUCAAUCUGUUGGGCAAGAUCUCAGGCUGGUUUAGGUCCAUCCUGUCGGACAAGACAUCCCGGAACCUGUUUUUCUUCCUGUGCCUGAACCUCUCUUUCGCUUUUGUGGAACUACUCUACGGCAUCUGGAGCAACUGCCUAGGCUUGAUCUCCGACUCUUUCCACAUGUUUUUUGACAGUACUGCUAUAUUGGCCGGAUUGGCAGCUUCUGUUAUAUCAAAGUGGAGAGAUAAUGAUGCUUUCUCUUAUGGGUAUGUUAGAGCGGAAGUUCUGGCUGGCUUUGUCAAUGGGCUGUUUCUGAUCUUCACUGCUUUCUUUAUUUUCUCAGAAGGAGUUGAGAGAGCACUGGCUCCUCCAGAUGUGCACCAUGAGAGGCUGCUGCUUGUCUCAAUCCUCGGAUUUGUGGUAAACCUAGUAGGAAUAUUUGUGUUCAAUCAUGGAGGUCAUGGACAUUCUCAUGGCUCUGGCCAUGGACACAGUCAUUCCCUCUUUAAUGGUGCUCUAGAUCACAGCCAUGGCCACGAAGAUCAUUGCCAUAGUCAUGAAGCCAAACAUGGAGCUGCACACAGCCAUGAUCACGCGCAUGGACAUGGGCAUGCUCAUGGACACGGGCACUUCCAUUCUCACGAUGGUCCAUCCUUCAAAGAAACGGCAGGACCCAGCAGACAGAUUUUACAAGGUGUAUUUUUACAUAUCCUCGCGGACACACUUGGGAGUGUUGGUGUGAUUGCCUCUGCCAUCAUGAUGCAGAACUUUGGGUUGAUGAUAGCAGAUCCCAUCUGUUCGAUUCUCAUAGCCAUUCUUAUCGUUGUCAGUGUUAUUCCUCUUUUAAGAGAGUCUGUUGGAAUAUUAAUGCAGAGAACUCCUCCCUCGUUGGAAAAUACACUUCCCCAGUGCUAUCAGAGGGUGCAGCAGUUACAAGGAGUUUACAGCUUACAGGAGCAGCACUUCUGGACGCUCUGUUCUGAUGUUUACGUGGGGACCUUGAAGCUCAUAGUCGCCCCUGAUGCUGACGCCAGGUGGAUCUUAAGCCAAACACAUAAUAUUUUUACUCAGGCUGGAGUGAGGCAGCUUUAUGUACAGAUUGACUUUGCAGCGAUGUAGUCAAUGAAAAGAAAUUGUUUGAGGACCAAAAUUUUCCAGUACUGUGCAAUCCAAAGCAUUGUACUACCCAGUGCUCGAAAACGGAGACGUCAUCACUACAACUCGGAAGCACCCAGUAGUGCAGGUAGAGUCGGCGUGUGCUGGGGAUCCCAGCCGGAUCCUGCCCAGACUGUGGCCUUGUGUGCUCUCCCUCCAAGCCAUUCCGAUUGCUAAGGUUUCUGGGUUUGUUCUGGGGUCUUGGGUUAUCUCUCUCUCUCUUUUUUUUUCUUUUUCUGGGGGUUCUUGCUGAUCACCUUCAGCCCAUCCUAUCAUCACACCCAGCCAGUGAGAAAUUCAGACCGUGGGCCGCCAGUCUUUUGAAUAUCUUCACUAAAGCUGCUGGAAACCACUGCUUUUAUCCCCACAAAACCAGUGUUGUUUUUGCAAACAGAAGUCUGUUUUCUAUGUGAUGUCACAGUUGUUGACUCUCUUCAGUGUAAUCAUACGUUUGUAAAAUUGUUUGUACCUUGCAAACUUAUGAACCAAACCAUAUUGGGUUUUCAAAGUGCCUUUGUAUCCGAAAAUAUAUUUGCCAGCAUAGAAAUGUACCAUCCAAGGUCAUAUGUAUGGUUUUUUAAUGGAUAUUCUGUAAUUUGUACAAAAUAAGACUUGCUAGUAACAUGUGUAAUUGUCUUUUGUGUAUUUCCAGCAUAGGUUUAAGUAUAUUAAAUUUCUUGUCUUGUGAAAAAGAACAUUAUUUUGCUUUAUAAAAAAUUCAGUGAUCACAUUAAGAUAUUUUGUAGACUAGUUUCAAAAGUGCAAAUACAUUGGAAAAACUCAUUUAAACCAAAAACUCUCCUCCGUUACAGGUUCUAUAAACCCUUCACCUGGCUGUGGGGAAUCCUCCAGUAGCUGUCCCCAUCAUUUUUAUAGAUUCUGAUAGUGAUGAGAAAAAGCACCGCAGAGUUGGCAGAAAUAACUGUGACAGUGACAUUUUACAUCUUCAUCCUCUUUCAGGUGCCAAGUAGUACAGGGUUUUUGUUUUGUUUUGUUUUCUGAUUUUGUUUGCACAAAUACAAAUUACUUCCAGGAAUUCUAGGACAGCAUUUGAUUGAGUGUGAACUGUUAUCACUGUGGAGCAAAUAUGGUGAUAUAGAAUUCUUUCUAAAAUGGGUAUCUUACAAAUAGUUGGUUUUCUAGGGUCUCGAGUACUUGAAAAAUAAAAUUUCGAUGGGCAUGAUGAUGGACACUUUAAUCCCAGCACUCAGAAGGCAGGGACAAGCAGAUCUCUGGAGUUCAAGGCCAGUUUGGUCUUGCAGGACAGCCAGGGAUACAGAGAGACCCUGUCUUAAAUUAUAAAUCAACUAUAAUUAGAGAUGACAGGUGCUUAACCACUCAAGUUCUUCUGGAGAGAUGCUGUUUGGGUGAACAUUUCCCCAUUGUACUCCAUUUAUCCCUACAAAUAUUCCCCUUAGUUUAAAUAAGUUAAUAUUGUUAGCAAAAUUUUAAAAACCUUGAAAGGCAAAAAUGAAGAGUGUAGAUCAGUGACAGACACUUUUAUCAGUAAGGUGGCCGAAUUUACUGUUGAUUUUUGCCUGAGUUUUUGAGUUCCUUUUGUCCUACUUCUGACCUACAAUUUAUGAACUAUUCUGUAUUAGGAGAGCUAUAGCAGUCUCGACUGCAGCAGAACACCACACAAUGUCUGUGGUGCCCUUUUUGUAAAUCAAGUGGUGAUUUCAAACCCUGUUUGCUUUCUGCCAGGUAGUCCUAAAGCCAAGACUCCCUGCAGUAGAUUGUGUUUGACUGAAACAAAUUUGGCAGUCUUUCAGGAGGGAACGUACAAAUGGAAAUGUCCUGGUCCUGUACUGCUUUUUCAUUUCCGUUCUGAGUAGUUGAGUCGGAUGAAUCCCAGGAUAUUCUAUGGGUUAGGGCAUACUGCUGGAGAUGAGAGGUCUAGAUGAAGGCACAGACUCAGAUGUGAACCUUCCCAAGCUAAUCUUGGUGACUCACUGUAUCGACACUGCACACAUGGAGUCCACUUUAUGGUUGACUGGUUAUAAGAUUUACGGAAGUGAAGUUGUUGUCGAAGUGUGUGCUUCUGGUUAACUAGACCCUCAGUGCCCAGUUCAUGAGCGUUGCUUUUCCUUUGGUGAGGCAUGGACUAUGUUUGAUGUGAACUAAGUUUGCACCUUGUUCCAAGAGCUUGCCAGCUCCUAACAUUCUGCAGGUUGGCAUUUACACUUUUGCUUAAAUGUUGGCAUACCUGUAUGUACAAAAAGAAAAAAAUGUGAGCAGAAACAACCUUUCACAGAAAGAAAGCUUGUCUUCUAGUGUUCUUGAUGCAGACAUAAUACUAACCAGUGGUCCCACUAAGAAAUACCACCUGGUUAUGGUAGUAAAAUUAAAUCAAAAUACUCCUGACAUUAGGCCAAUAUUCAUUUUUAAAAAGCCAAUCUGAGUAUAAAUUUGCCAAUCUAUGAAUAACCAAAGUCUUUUCCCUGAAUAAUAAACCUGCUUUGUUCAGGGAAAGUUACCUUACCAGACAAACAUCCCCAACUAGGUGUAUUUUCAAAAUUUGUUGUAUUACUUGAUGAAGAACUUGACUGAAGUGUGCGUCUUCGUGAAGGACAGUAUCUAGUUAUGUGUAGGUUAGUGUUCCUUGACUGCCAUCCAGUCCUCUUUGCGGUGGAGGCAUAAGAUCAUAGCGACAGAUGUCAUUGUGAUUUCCCUUUAUCUAGAUUCUUCAGAGCCUACACAUACGUACUGGCAACCAAACUACUGUGACUUCUAUGUACCUCUAUAAAGCAGCCAAAUCAAUAACCCCCAGUGUAGCUGAUCGGAACUUCCGUGUUUUUACGGACAGUAACAUGGGAACCAACAAGGUGUAGAUGCUGGGAUUUAAGAGUAAUGCGUUACUUACGUAGAAUUGCAUACCUAAGCAAAGACUGUGCUGGCAGCAGUCUGGUACUACCUCUCAUUUUCAUGAGAAACCUGAGGUCCAGAAAAGCUCUCAUUUCCUUAAGACUGCAGGGCGAAGUGGGGGCAAAGCCAAUGUUCGAAUGCGAUUAUCCGAUGCCAAGUCGAGAGUUCUUUCCACUGUACUGUGCUGCUUCCCUGUGUGACCUUGCCUUUCUGUGAAUGUGACUAAAUAUGGCUUGUCAAUAAAGAACUCUGACCUCUAGUUUGGGUCCAUGAAGGCACUUUAUAAAUGGAAUGUUGUCUCAGUUUUCAUACAUAAUUGUGAAGUUUAGAUUAUUUCCAUAGUAUUUGUUGCAGAAUAAAUUAUAAUAAUUAUUUUUUAUUCUUCGAAAACCAGCUCUUGACUUGGAAAAAGGAAACAAAAUUGUACUUUAGAUACUUUUAACUUGUGAGUGAAUUUUUAUUAAUUGCCCAAGGCUCAGUCCAGUUGAAUGCUGGCUUACUUUCCUAAUUUUGCUAAUGUGCUGUAAACUGGUUCCUUUUAGAUAGCAUGCUGAGUCACAGGUCAUGCCAUUUCAGCCCGGCCUGCCAUGUUCUGUUUCAGCCAUUGGAGAGCAUUUUUACUUUAAAAGUUCUCAGAGCUGUGCAAAUGGGGGACAGUAAAUGUAUGGAACACAACUUUUACUUCACUCGGGUAAAGUUCUGAAAUCUUCAUCAGAACUGCAAAUAUUAGGCCACUCCAUAAAUAUAUUACCUUGGCGAAGUUAAGGUCCUUUGUUUGCUUGUCUUUCUACAAAGAGUCACCAUUGUUGAAACACAUGGUUUUCCAAUUCUCUGUUCUGUGAGAGACUCUCAAGAUAUGAUUUACAGAGGCCUCCUUAAUGAUUCAGAUCUCUACCACAGAAUCAAGACAGACAGUGAAAAAUUGUAUAUCAAGGGAAGUGUUUGCAGAAAUAUAGCAGAGAGGUGUAACUAUUUAAAGGCCAAAUGGGUGGGGCUUUUUUUGAUGAGGUCAUCUUGGGUUUAUAUUUUUAUAAAGAGAAUUUUGCAUGAUUUUAUGAUUGACAGCAUCUUAAAAUCCAGUCCAUGAUUCUCACAGCAUGAGGAAGGAGUCCUUAUCUGGGGAGAGUCUGUGGUAUGGCAGCAACUCAGUCUUUUCUGAUGACUGUUUUUAAAAGACCCACGAAGUGGUAGCACAUCUGUGUAGACUCCUGGAAAAUCAGUGAACAUUCGAGGUGCCGUUGCUAUGGGAACAUUUACAAACUGCCUCCAGCCUGUUUCUUCCUAUGCUCUAUAUGUUUGCCUCAUAACUUGGCCAUGGAACCAAAACGGUGCGGGGGAAAUGGCACUAGAACUCCUUAAGUCCGUUUAACAAGCAAUCAGAAGAAAGUUUCAUUGAAGUCGUGGUGCGGCUGCUCACUGGCAGCAUCCUCUGUGCCAGCAUGAAGAAGACAGUGCCCGCCCUCAAGAACAUCAUUGGGGAAUCGUCUGCCGAAAAGCACCGAUCAGUCUUCAGAAGGGUUAAGUAGUAUCUGAUUGACAGACUGCAUUUUACACAAACCUUUUCAAUAUGAAAAGUCUGUUUCAUAAAUAGAAGCCUGGGCUUCCACCACAACUUUGAAUACAAAUUUGUAAUUUCGACCGUGAUGUUGGAAAGCAUAAAAAACAAAAAGAAGUCUUGUAUGUCCUUUUCUGCUUUGACUCGGUGGGUUUGUGCGUACAGGCUCAUGACACAUGUAGUUCCCAGUCCCUCGUGGUAGACGGGGCAUGCAGCCUGAAGGGUAGGGUCAGGAGGCCACUGACACUCACUGCAGAGAACGUCUCAGCAGCUCUGUGAUCUUUGUCCAGAUUGGAUUUCUGUUCACUCUGUCCAUUUCUCCCCAGCUGCCUGUGAGAGGCUCAAUCUUGUUGUCUACUUUCCAUGUUGUUGGGGGUUUGGAAGAACUGAGACCGCGCUGGGGCCUUCUGGACUGCACAGCCACGAUGAGGAUUGUGUCACCUCCCACGGUUUGGUGGAGAAUUGCCACAGUGCCAUAUCUUUUAAGGACUGUCUACUCCCCCUGAAUAUCAUCCAAAACUCUUUCAGAGAUACCCCUUGAAGGGGUUUCUAAUGAAAACACCAUUUCAUGUCCCACUUACCAUUUUUCUUGUUUAUCUUCAAAUAUUUUUUGUAUAUUCUCUCCCCUAAUUUGGAAAUAAUGUGACUGACAAUUUGCCAACUCCCUUCUUUACGUAUUCUGAACAGGCCCACACUUCCCUCCCCUGCUUUUGAUGGUUUGUAAACAUGGCUAAUUUGGGGUUGAUUCCUUUGGUGAAAAUGAUAGCUUCUAAACAUUUCUGAAAUGUUUACAUACGAGGCAAGGCUAGGUAGAAAUGUCAGAGGUAAGCAACCUAUAUGGUUUGACAAUGCUGCAGUGAACUGUUAGGACUUGCCCAAGUGCACUACAACAGGUCCACAAUGUAUGUAUCUUUCACAUUUUCUACGUGCGUACAUUCACAUAUAUAUUUUUGUUUAACCGCAAUGUAUUUUAAAAUGAUCAUAAACAGCUGUAUUGAAAAUUUGUUUUCAAUUAAAUUUCUGUUUAAAAGUC